UCUACCUUCCAGUAUCGCCAGAAAAUGAUCCAAGAUCCUGAAAAAUCAUCAUCUGUUCUUUCCUUAUUUCCAAGGUUUCUUGACACAAAAGGACUUGUGCUUCAAGACUUUGAGUUACUGUUUGGAGUGGAGACUGCAUCUAAACUUCUGGAGAAGUGGGACUGUACUCUGAAGCAAAAAGUAAUUCAAGAAGCCAAAAACCUCACUCAGUCACCACUUUUGAGUUGUCUGAUUCAGUCUGCAGAAAACUGCAGCACCUGUCAAGAAGACUGGGACCGUGAUAUGUCUUCCCUGUUACUGCUGGUCUAUCUCCUGCCACCACCUUCUAGCGGAAAUAAGAAGUUUGUCAAGAUCAGUGUUCGUGAAGCUUUGGAUCGCGUAGUAAGAUUUCAUAAGUCCUGUUGCAGUUUUGAAGAAGUCCUUGGAUCAACACAGACAACACAGCCCUACAUCUUGGCAGUUGGCACUUCGAAGAGUAGCAUCCAUGACUACUACAUUGCUGUGGAUAAGUGGCUCAUCCCCUGCAUGGCUAAGUCCUCUCUCUCAGCCUUUGACGAACUUUUCAAAGUUCAUUAUGUGUUUGGCAUUUCAUAUGAUGCCGCUUUGCACAAUAUGUUUACCUUUCUUCAGACCACGAUUUACAACAUUGAUGUAGGCAUUACCCGUGAAAGCCCACGAGCCGGAGAUUUUCGAGCCAAGUUUCUUAAUUAAGCGUUGUUACACAGUCUUCAAAAACAAUC